AUUGGAAAGCUUGCACAUUAUUCGUUUGAUUUAGUUUUGAUUUCUAUCAUCUUAGCUGGAAUCCACCGUAACACAGGAUUGGUGUUUGACACCUCCAGUUUUUCGUCUGUGGAUUUUCGUAGAUGGUUUGGAAACUAUUUGGCCUUUGGUGAAAAAUGUUACGAUUCUACCGUGUCGUUCUUGAAGAUGACUGGCUACUUCAAGCAAAGAAACUUGGUGUAUGAUUACGUGCAAAGAGAAGCAGGCAAAGUGUUGAAGGAACAAACGGGAAGAGACAUAAACGACCUUCAGAAGAAUCAAUAA